AUGGGUUCCAAAGCGCCUUUCUGUCUCGCGCUCCUCUUGCUGCUCGUCGCCGCCUGGGGACCUGCUGCAGAGGCCAGGCGUCUUGUACCUGCUGCACAGUCCAACGAUGCUGUUGAACUCCCAGAUCAUGGCUUGACCUUGAAGGAACAAAUUUCUUCAACCAAGAUUCCUGUCCAUCUCAAGGGUAGCGGCCCACUAUGCUCAGCCUGUGAAAACUUCACGAGGGAAGCUGUCAGUUAUCUCAGCGAGAAACAGACACAAGAUAAGGUCAUGGAAUUCCUUCAUGACGCUUGCUCUAAGUCAUUCUCCUUUGAAGAGAAGUGUGUUGAAUUGAUGGACUCUUAUGCAACUCUCCUGUUUGCCAAGAUUACCGAGAUCAAACCAGAAGCAUUCUGUAAACAGUAUGGCCUGUGCAGGGACACGGCUAUUUUCUCCGGUGUGAGAAGUAACAGCACAUGUGUGUUCUGCCACCAUCUGCUUGAUGAAAUUAUGUCCAAACUGAAAGAUCCAGAUGCGGAGCUUGAGAUAAUUCAGAUUCUUAUCAAGGAGUGCAAUAAGAUCGAAGGCCAUGUUCAGCAGUGCAAGAAGCUGGUCCUGCAAUACAUUCCCCUCGUCCUGGUGAACGGUGAGAAGUUCCUGGAGAAGAAUGAUGUUUGCGCGCUCCUACAGGCGUGUCCAGCCAGCCAGAAGAAGACUUUCAGCUCAGUCUUGCAGGGAGCGUUGCUGAGUGAUGCUUGA